UUAUCAAACAAAAUAUGCCUGAAGCUACAAAUUUUGAGGUUGAUAAUAUUUAUGCUCUUCCUAAUAAAAUACUCUAUAGAACUUAUAUUAUGUAGUUCAAUUGUUUGGUGCUUUAAAAAUAAACUAUAAACUAGAGUACAAGUCCAACAGAAGGAAUAGCUUGUUAAAUGGGUUUCUUUUAAUGAAGAAAUUGUUCUUGAAAAUGGUCGAGGAGGUUUGGAUGCGAUGGUGUCGUCUUUGUACACGAGAAGACGGAAACAUCAACUCUCACAUUGAUUUGCGGCUAAGGGACGAGGAAAGCCUUCCUCUAUUUGAUACAAUAUACAAAUGUUUCUCCAUUGAUAUAAAAUGCUGUGACAACUUUCCGAGUGUGAUAUGCUACGAUUGCUAUUGUCUCCUCCGAAUGAUAUUGAAGUUAACUCAGAGAAUACCUAAAGCCACAGCAAUGUUUACAGAGCUAUUUGUUAAAAGUGAAGAAGAACUCGAUCCUUAUAAAAUCAAAAAUUUCCACAAUCUUGAUUGUGAUUUAAAGUUAUUUAACCAAAGCUCGCGAGAAUUAGAUGAGCAAAUUAAUCCUAAUCCUGAUCAAGCAGAUAACAACUGUGAUAACUAUUUACAUUCUUCUGCAGAUGAACAGAUAGACACAGUAGAAAAUGUUCCAAACAGAAUAAAAAAAUAUAAAUCGAGAAAAUCGCAAUCGGUUGAAAAUAGAAACAAACCCCAUUAUUGUUCUAAAUGCGAAAAGGGUUUUAUAAAAUUUUGUAAUUAUCGCCAGCAUAUGAAAAUUGUACAUGAAACCACGUUAGAAAAUAAACAUCCGGUUUUUGUUUGCGGAAAAUGUGGCAAGAAAUGUAGGUCACUAUCAUCCUUGAAAGAACAUGAAUUUUCGCACUCCGAGGAGCGAACGUUUAAAUGUAAAAAUUGUGAAAAAGCUUUUAAGAGUAUAACUUCGCUCAAGCAACAUGAAGAUACCCACAAUGAGACAAGAUAUAUUUGUGUUGUAUGUGGAUUACAGCUAAAUACUCAACAGACCCUUCGUAAACACAUGAUUGUUCAUUCUGAUGAAAAAAAGUACAAAUGUGAUUAUUGUGGGAACGGCUAUAAAAGAGUUAAGGCUCUCAAAGCUCAUUUGAUACUUCACACAGGACUAAGACCUUAUAGUUGUGAUUUUUGUGAUAAAACAUUCGCCAAUGUUUCGAAUUGUCGUGGACAUAAGAAAAAAGUACAUCCCAUUGAACUGGCAGCACUAGAAGCAUCUGGGCAAGUUACAGUUUCAACUACAGUGAUUCCGAAAUUGGAUGAACUCAGAGCGAUAACUGCGAACAAAGUUAAAAUAAUAACUGGUGAUUAGAAGGCUCAUUUGAAAGGUUGAUCCUAAAGCAACAAUAGGCGAAUUAAGGCUCAAUUUCGAAAUAUUUUUUUAACUAAAACCUAGUCAUUUGAUUGUGGCAAUGAAUUGGUCUGGACGUAUAAAGAAGUUUUUUAGUGAAACAUUAACUUUUUAACUUUCGCAAAAAAGACAGAAUAAUAAAUAAAACAAAAUAUAAAAACAUAAA